AUGUCGCCCAACAAGAUCCCGCCCAGACCUCCAUUCGACUCACUGCCGCUGGACAAAGAUGGGCCAGGGGGCAAUGCCUGGGGACUCUACGGGCCAGACGACGAGCUCGGCGCCCUGAACAUGCUGACGCCAGAGGUGGUGGCCUCAGCGGCAUCCGAGAUCAAGACGGGCGAGCGAGUGUCCCUGGACUGGCAACUGAACAAGCCCUCAAGGCCGAACUUUGGUCGAAAAAACUUUGAAUGGGAGAUGCGGAACAUGAGCGGAGUCUCCGUGAAUGAUGAUUUGCUGCACUUCAACACCCAGUCCAGCACGCAGUGGGAUGGGUUCCGGCAUUUCGGAUACCAGGGCGCCAAGCGGUAUUACGGUGGUCGCAGCCAGGAGGAUCUUGAAAAGACGGGAGUCUUGGGCAUUGACGCGUGGGUUGAGAAAGGAGGCAUUGUCGGCCGUGGGGUGCUCUUGGAUUACGUCUCGUUCUGCCAGCGCCACUCGAUCACCGUCGAUCCCCUCACCAGCGCGCCAAUCACCCUGGACCAAAUCAAGCAACUCGUCCAGGAGCAGGCCGUCACCUUCAGGCCCGGCGACAUCCUCUUCAUACGCGGUGGCUUCACCCAAGCAUAUAAUGCUCUUGACGAAGCCGGACAGGUCACCCUUGGACAACGCCCCACGUCAGAGUAUCUUGGGGUAGAGUCGACGCCAGCGAUGCUGCGAUGGAUAUGGGACAACGGAUUCGCUGCUGUUGCCGGCGAUAUGGUAACUUUCGAACAAGCACCAGUGGGGAUAUCAUGGAGUGGCAAAGAUGUGGACGAGGCUAAGAAAGACGGAGGGCUUCUGCACCAGGUCUUGCUGAGUGGGUGGGGAGUCCCUAUCGGUGAGAUGUUUGAUCUGGAUGCAUUGAGCGAGACGUGUAGGCGACUUAACCGGUGGACUUUCUUCGUCUCCAGUGUGCCCUUAAAGGUCCCUGGCGGUGUUGCAAGUCCCCCAAAUGCCGUGGCAAUAUUCUAA